AUGAGCUCCGACUCGACAGCGGACGCGUCGGCAGCGGUCGCUGAAGAGUCCGUCGGCAUUGGAUCCGUACUGAGCCGACCGGCCGACGAGUUUGUGAACGACCCCAACAUUGAGGGCUUAUGGCUCUCCAAAGCCGUCACUCAUAUGGAGGUCUACUUCAAACUGAUCUCAUCGUUGCCAUCGCUCAAGACAUUGCGACUCACCAAACAUGACGAUCACGUCUACACCACAUUCAGACAGCAGUUCCCACAGUUGGACAUUAAGUCUAUGACCGAACAGACACUCAAAUCAGAUGAAGCGAAGACACAAUGGCGUCAAUACUGUAACGAAAUCCAAGAGUUUGUCGAAGACUUUAAUUUCGCGACACUUUUGAGACUCGACUGUCGCCAGGAUUACAGCGAAGCCAACACUAUAGUCGUGCCGAGGGCUCAGUUCGUGGCCAUAGAAGUGGCCAGAAAUCGCGAGGGACUUAAUGACGGUCUCAACCAACUCUUUAAGUGA